AGCCUUUUGGGUUUGGUCCAGGUGGUUGUUGGAUUUGUUGCUUAUUUGACUGUCCGAUGACCACUGAGAAGACACGGAAUGCCUUGAAGAAGACCUGCCUCUGCAAGUAUGCCCUCUCCGGUGCGUGCUUCAGAGGAAGUGAGUGCACCUUUGCACAUUCCGAAGCCGAAUUGCGUGAGGUGCCCGACCUUCAGGGCACGGAGCCGUGCUUCAAUUUUGCGAAAGGUCGAUGUUACAAAGGCUAUCGUUGCAACUUCUCCCACGGCCAGCAAAAGUUCCGCACGAAACAGGCGGUACUUGCAAGGGCCCAGAUGAAGGAGACAGUCGCAGCAAACCUAAAGGUUCUGGAAAAGACAUCAGAGAACUUUGAGAUGAUGAAGCUCCGGUCGCUGCAGGCGGCUCAGGCGCUUCAAGGGACGGUGGAUGAACUCGAGAUGCUGCAGGUCUGUCUGAUGAUGCACCAGACGGCUUUUGACAUCGGCCUUCCUCUCCAGGAUGGCAUUCAACAUGGUAUCCAGCAGGGUCCUCCUGGGUUGCCCGGAGGUCCUGCUGGGUUGCCGCCUGGGUUGCCACCUCCAUCAGUUGGUGACUCUGGCUACCCAUCCACGGGACAGUCUUCAGCGUGUUGGACUUCCUCUGAGCCGGCGAGCAUUUUCCUUUGAUAACACUGUUAGUAGGACAGUUGCAUCACCCCCAGAUCUCAAAG